AUGUGGAUUCAUUUUGUUAAUUUUGUGAUAAGGAAUUAAAUUGUAUCAUAUGUGAAUCAAAUUUUAAACUGUUAAACAAUUAAUGUCAGCCCAUAUGCGGUGAUAAAAUAGUUAUAAAUGGAUUAGAGGAAUGUGACGAUGGAAAUGACAUUAGAUAUGAUGGUUGUUUUGAAUGCUAAUUUUAAUGUAAUUAAGGCUGUUAAGUUUGUGAAUAUGGCAAAUGUUAAGAUAAAUGUAAAGUUGAAGAAGAAUAUAUAAAUGGUUAAUGUAUUCCUAUUGUUCCAACUGAAUGUGAACCAGAAAAAUCUGAAUGCAAUAAUGAUUGCUUAGUUUAUUAUGGGAUUAAUUGUCUCGAAUGUUAAUCAGAUUAUAUUUUGGAAAAUAAUAAGUGUUUCUCAUGUGGAAAUGGAAUUAUAACCCAAGACGAAGAAUGUGAUGAUGGAAACAGGAUCAAUUCUGAUGGAUGCUCAAAUUAAUGUAAAAUUGAAGAAAAUUGGAAUUGCAUCAACUCCUUAUCAUUUUUAAGUUAAUGUUUUCCUAUGCCUAAAAUUUAGAUUGUACUUUUAAAUUCAACUUUUAACAUACAAUAUGUUAAAUUAUCAUAUACUAAUAAAGUUAAACUAAAUUAAUAGGAACAUAAACUUUUUAGAUUUUAAUCUUAAUUCAAUUAAUAUUGAACCUACUUAUUAUAAUAUCAGUAUUUUUCCUGUAAUUGAAAUAGUCUCAAAUGAGACUCGAGAUAUCAAUUAUGAAUUAAAAAUUUAAAUUAACUAACAACUCUCAUAAAAUCCAAUUUUGAAAGUUGAGUUCAAUCUUAUUUUAUUGGAUGAAAACGAUUUACUAGUACCACCAUCGUCAUAAUAAAUUGUAUUAAAGGCCCCUUUAGUUUUAAAUCAAGCAUAAGUAGAAGUUUCUCAGAAUUUCUAAAAGUUUGGUUACAAUAUUAUGCUUGCAUUAGGAUGUUUCGCUAUUUUUGCACUCCUUCUUGGUUUUACCUUAGAAUUUUUAGAAAUCUUAGAUACAUUAUAAUUUUACUCAUAUUUGAAGUUUAUAAAUGUAGAAUAUCCAGAAAAUCUUUAUAUUUAUUUUUAAUCUUCUGAAUUGAUAUCAAUAGAACCAAUUUUGUAAUUUGUAGGAAUUAAAGAUAAUUUUGAAGAUUAUUUAGGAAUUAAUAUAAUUUAAUGUUUUGGGAAGUUUUAUCAGUAUUAAAUUAAUGCUGAUUUAAUAACUAAUAUAUAUAGCUAAUUAAUUUAGGUAAUUUUAUACUUUUUAUCAUUGGUACUUCUCAAAAUUUAUCUGAAUUUUUGCUUAAAAUUUUGUUUUACUACUUAUAUCACGUAUAUUAGAAGACAAGGUAUACCAAAAGUAGUUGAGUGGAUCACAAUAAAACUAUAUUAAUUAAAUAAAUACAUAAAGAAAUGUAUAAAUUUUGACAACAUAAAUUUGAUAAUAAAUUGUUAUUAUGCUAAUACUUGGGAUUUAAGUUUCAAGGUUUUAUUAUAUUUAACCUUUAACUAAUAAUCAGGAAUCAGAACUUUAUUCUCAUAAAUAGUUUGUUUUAUAUAUUUUAUCUUAGGGAUAGUUAUUAUUUUGAGAAAUUUUAGGAGCUAAAAUACUAAAAUUGAUAUUAAAGAAUUAAGAGAUUAAUAGCAUCAAUUAACUAUUGUAUUAAAAAAGUUUACUUUUGUGUUAAUUUUAAUUGCAAUGUAAGAUUGCUCAAUAGCAUAGUCUAUAAUGCUCUCAUUUUUCACCUGUAUGUAUAUAGGUUUUAUAAUGAUUAUUAAGUUUACAAAUACUAAAUUAGAGUUGAUGAAUAUCUUAUCAGUGGAGAUCCCUGUAUUAUUAUUUACAUUAAUUAAUUUAUCGUUUUGUAAAGAUUUUAACAAUCAUUUUACUCCUGAUUAAAUAAUAAGAAUCGGUUUUUUAUAAAUCGGUUGUUUAAUAUUGGGAUUCUUAGGUCCUUUAAUUAAUUGUGUUUAUUAGUUUUCGAAAAAACUUAAAUUAAUUUAUUUAAAAAUUAGACCAAAAUAAGUCAAAAUCAAAUUCCCUGUUCCGAAUAUUUUGCAAGAAGUCAAAAGCUGA